AGGGGGGAAGGCAAGAUGGCGGAGCUGGGGAAAAAGUACUGCGUGUAUUGCCUGGCCGAGGUGAGCUCGCUGCGCUUCCGCUGCACCGAGUGCGCCGACAUCGAGCUCUGCCCGGAGUGCUUCUCAGCCGGCGCCGAGAUCGGCCCGCACCGACGCUGGCACGGCUACCAGCUGGUGGACGGCGGGCGCUUCACGCUGUGGGGCGCCGAGGCCGAGGGCGGCUGGAGCAGCCGGGAGGAGCAGCUCUUGCUGGACGCCAUCGAGCAGUUCGGCUUCGGCAACUGGGAGGAUAUGGCUGCACAUGUUGGAGCAUCGCGGACUCCUCAGGAAGUAAUGGAACACUACGUAAGCAUGUACAUCCAUGGCAACCUUGGAAAAGCCUGCAUCCCUGACAUCAUCCCAAACAGAGUGACUGACCACACUUGCCCAAGUGGUGGCCCCCUUUCUCCUAGCCUCACUAUGCCUCUGCCUCCUCUAGACAUAUCAGUAGCUGAACAGCAGCAGCUGGGAUAUAUGCCCCUUCGAGAUGACUAUGAGCUUGAGUAUGACCAAGAUGCUGAAACUCUAAUCAGUGGUCUGUCAGUGAACUAUGACGAUGAUGAUGUGGAAAUAGAAUUAAAAAGAGCUCAUGUGGACAUGUAUGUAAGGAAGCUAAAGGAGAGGCAGCGCAGAAAGAAUAUUGCUCGUGACUACAACCUGGUUCCUGCUUUCUUAGGGAAGGAUAGAAAGGACAAAGAAAAACCUUCCAAACGCAAGAUCACAAAGGAAGAGAAAGAGCUGAGGUUAAAACUGAGGUCUCUGUACCAGUUUAUGUCUUGUAAAGAAUUUGAUGAUUUCUUUGAAAAUCUGCACAAGGAGAAGGUUCUUCGAACCAAGAUUAGGGAACUACAACGGUAUCGUCGGAAUGGAAUCACAAAAAUGGAAGAGUCAGCAGAGUAUGAAGCCGCUAGACACAAACGAGAGAAGAGGAAAGAGAACAAAAAUAUUACUACUGCUAAGAGAGGAAAGGAAGAUGGUAAAGAUGGAGAAUUUGCUGCAAUUGAAAAUCUUCCUGGCUUUGAGCUGCUUUCUGACCGAGAAAAAGUACUUUGCAGCUCUAUUAAUCUGAGUCCAGCACGUUAUGUGACAGUUAAAACAAUUAUAAUUAAAGAUCACCUACAAAAAAGACAAGGCAUUCCAUCAAAAAGCCGACUUCCUAGUUACUUGGAUAAAGUACUAAAGAAAAGGAUUUUGAAUUUCUUAACAGAGAGCGGUUGGAUAUCCAGGGAUGCUUCUUGAAUCGCAUCUGUAUGCUUUGGCAUAUUAUCAGUAUGAACAAAAGGGCCCAUAGCUGCCCAGAGUAAUCUGUUACUAUCUUCCCUUUUCUCAGUACCUAGGAUUUCCCUUGUGCAAAUUUGGUACCCUCAGUUUAAAUGGAUUCUUCUUCACUGUCAGAUCAUGCAAAUGUUAUAUGGCCUCAUUCCUAACUACCUGAAGCUGAGGGUUGCCUUAGAGCACCUGUGGUGAAAAAAGUGGCUCAUCGUAGAUCUGACUAGUAUAUUGAAGUGAGAUGUGGAACCUUGAUGCUGUUAACUGAGCAGCAUCUCUGCAUAUGAGUUAUUUGUAGGAGAGAAAAGACCCUGUUGUCUUGUAUUAUCAUCACAGGGCUGGCCAACAUUGCAAGCUUCUGCACUCUUUCAUGGGAGCAAGGCCCACUGAAUUCAGUGCAGCUUGCUGCCAAGUAAACCUUAAUAGGGUCAGUCUGCAUGGGUCUUUUUACUGAAUCCUUUACAUUGCAAUUCAGAAGAAAUUCGGAUUUCUUGGUAAAUAUUCUUAUUUGUGAA